AUCCACUCCUCUCUCUCUUCCUAAGAGUCAAGUUUUUGAGUCCUCCCUCACAAAAAGGCUCUCACUUUUUGUAAACAGCCCACUUUUUUGUUGCCUUUUUCUCCCUUUUGCAGGGGAGAUCGAAGAGAGAGAGAGAGAGGGAGGGAGAAUGUGUAAUAACAAGAAUAGUCCUCCGACUAUUCCUGAUCUUGAAGGCAGCUCCAUGAUCAGCAAAGAAUCAACUACUGUGGUGUCACUCAAACCGGCUCGGAAGAUCAGGACCAAGACGAGGAAACCCAAGUUUCUCAGUCUACGGCUGGAGCUCUCCUCUGAUAACUCACAAGAAUCCGGCGAAACCAUGACUCGCAACCACCAUCAUCAGCUCAACUUGUUCCCGCUGCACCCUGAAAACUUGGUGGAAGACAAGGACAUGCACGACGAGAACAUGGCUUACUUCUUUGCAGCCUCAGACGGUGGCGCCACCCUCAACGGCCUCCUGGGCGGAGACACCGGCGCCGCAGUUCCAUCAGGGGACUCCCUAUCGCCAUCUCUAACAUACGCGUAUGGUGGGCAGGACAGCGAAGAGGGUGCAAGUACGUUGGUACGGGCGGCGCUGAGGAACAGAGAGAGAGACGCCAGUGAGGAGAAGUGGGUGUCCUACUCAGAAGUGGUGGAGAAGAAGGAAGAAGAAGUGACCAGCUGCGCCGCUGACCUAUGGUAUAAAAAUCAUACACAACGACUGUCAUUGAAGCUUGAUUAUCAGGAGAUCUUAAACGCUUGGUCCGGCAAAGGCCCACUCUUCAUUGAAGGAGAGUCUCCACAGACUGUACCAGACCUUGCUCAUGACGCCGCCAAUGCGAUGGGGGGUGGUUGGAGUGGGGUGUGGAGGGUUCCAGAAAUGGGAGGAAGUCGAAGCAGCGUGAAAAUGGAGGAAGUUGGGGGAGGAGAGGGGUCCAAAAAGGGGCAAAGGCAAGCCAGUGUGUUGAGAUACAAGGAGAAGAGGCAAAGCAGGCUCUUCUCUAAGCGGAUUCGAUAUGAGGUUCGAAAGCUCAAUGCUGAGAAGCGCCCUCGUAUGAAGGGUAGAUUUGUGAAGAGAAGUUGAAGGGUAUUGAACUUAAUUUUUGGGGGACAUAUGAUGUAGCUUAUAAAGAGUGUGGCCCUUUUAGAGUGUAUUGUUAUGAAUGUUAAUUACAUAGCUGAGGCACUGAUAAAAUGCUAAGGAAUGCCAUAACUGAAAAAAAAAAAAAUAAAAAAAUACAGUGAAAUUGGGGAAGGACUGAACUUGCAAAACAUUAAUACUUCACUGUUACAUAUGGUUAUUGUUUUCUUUGUUUUUCUUUUUUAGGGGUUUGUUUGUUUGAUUGUUUUCUUUUUUUUAGUGUGAUGUAUUUAAGGAGUGAAUGCAGAAUUAAUGCAAGGUAAUAGCAAGGAUAAUCUAAGUUGACCUGUCAUGGUUGAUCAAUUUCCUUAAAA